CAAAAGCAGAGAUAAAGCAGGAAAUAGAGGAGCGGGAGAUGAAAAGAGGUUUUGGAGAAAAAAGGAAAACGAGAGGAACAGCACGAGGGAAAAACUGAUACCCAGCAAAAAAAAAAAAAAGCCCAAAUAAGAAGUGAAUUGUGGUAAAAGGGAGGCAGCGCAGAGAAAGCAGAGUGGUGACUUCUGAGCUUCUAAGGACGCAGAAACAUAAAGACGUGUAGCAAGAAAGGCAUAAGAGGAAAGAAGAAGAGCGGAGAGCGGUACACCAAAGAGACGAGGAAAAGCCAAAGACUGAGAGCUUGACACACUUACAGAUAGCUGGCGCAGGAUCUGCAGAGAAAGAUGAAUGCCUCCCUGCUGCUUGGCUGCUUCGUCUUUGCUGCAACGCAGUACUUCCUCUGUUCAGCCCACAUGAUCCUGGAUGAGAGACUUUACAACAAUAAAGUUGUUGUAUCCAAUGCUUUGUCUCAAAGCUUAGAAAUAGACCCACCUCCUGUGGUUAUUGUAGAGUUGCCAAAAUCUGUGAAGAAGAAAGAGAAAUCAAAAAAACAGAAAAAGAGCAAAUUAAGUGUAAAGAGGCGCCCCCCUCCUCCUCCCAACUGCGUCCCGCUGUGGGGAAGCUGUAAAUCUCCAGGCAAUGUGUGCUGCGAUUACUGCGCGUUCUGCCAGUGUCGGCUCUUCAGAACUGUCUGUUUCUGCCGAAUGGGCAACCCCCGCUGCUGAAGAGGCAGCCGCCGCAAGAACGCCAGAACUCCACUUCAUGCUAAAGCAAACCACCUCCAGUGAACACCGUGAAAAGGUGAUUCGCUCCUCGCCCUUAGUUUGCAAUUUAUGAACAAAAUUCACAGCAUGAAAGCACUUUAUCACGGAAGACUGGACCACCACGAGCGUUAUUAAAAUGUAACAGGGUGUGAGGCUUUUAGCACUGCUAUGAAAUUCACAAAUAAAAAUCUCUAAGACAAGUUUGUAUUUAAGCUUUCGGCAUGCAUAAAUGAAAUUUAUAUGGCCGAGCAAUUUUCUGUAUUGCUUCAUGUUUACACACUAUACCAUGUCAUUAAAAAAUGUAUUUAGCUUGUAAUAAUAAAAUGCUCUUGU